AUGGAUAGUUUUAACCCAGCAUUACCAUCAAUCGUUGAAUCAUUAGAUGAUAUUUAUAAAAAUUUUGAAAAUAAUAAGAAAAGAUAUGAAGAAUUAAAUGAAACAUUUUCAAAAAUUUAUAAUGGUGAUAAACCAAUAUUUUAUUUUAGAGCACCUGGUAGAGUUAAUUUAAUUGGUGAACAUGUUGAUUAUAGUGGUUAUUGUGUAUUACCAUUUGCAUUAGAACAAGAUACAAUAGUUGCAGUUUCAUUUAAUAAAUUAAAUAAUGAUAUUAUAAAUAUACAUAAUUGUAAUGAAAAAUAUACACCAAAAUCAAUUGAUGUUAGUGGUGGUGGUGAUAUUGAGAUUGAUAUGAAGAGACAUCAUUGGACAAAUUAUGUAUUGGCAGCAUGGAAGGGUGUUUCACAGGCGAUGGAGAAAGGUGGCAAAUUGAAAUCGGUUAAUUUAUUAUACAGUGGUAAUGUGCCAAUGGGGGCAGGUGUGUCGAGUUCAAGUGCGUUAGUUUGUGUAUCAACAUUGGCAAUCUCCUAUUGCAAUAAUUUAAUAUUGAAUAAGGAAGAGUUGGCCCAACUUUCAAUAAAGAGUGAAAGAUAUGUCGGUGUCGAGAGUGGGGGUAUGGACCAAAGCAUUUCGUUCCUCGCCGAGCAGAACACUGCCAAAUUAAUUGAAUUCCAUCCAAGCUUAAAGACAUUUGAUGUACAAUUGCCAAAAGGUGUUUCAUUUGUAAUUUGUAAUAGUUUAGUUGACUCGUUGAAAGUGGUGACCGGCGCAACUAACUACAAUUUACGUGUGGUUGAAUGCAGAUUGGCUGCGGUGUUAUUAGCAUUCCAUUGCGGUCUCUCGUGGGAAAAAGUCAGACGUUUGAGAGAUGUCCAAUAUCAAGGUAACUUUGACCUUCCUCAAUUAAUUCAAUUAACUGAGCAACACCUCUCAGAGAAACAAACCUACACUCGUGAAGAAGUUGCAACAAUAUUAGAUAUCUCUGUUGAACAAUUAGUUAAAACUUAUUUCCCAUCAGGUAUAACUGUUCAAUCUGAACAUUUUGAACUUUAUAAACGUGCUAGACAUGUUUUCACUGAAACUCAACGUGUUUAUAAAUUUAGUGAAAUUUGUAAACAACAAUCAAAUUUCAAUAAUAAUAAUAAUAAUAAUAAUAAUAAUAGUAGUAAUAAUACAAAUAUUAUACAAGAAUUAGGUAAACUUAUGAAUGAAAGUCAUGAAAGUUGUUCAAAAUUAUUUGAAUGUUCAUGUUCAGAAUUAGAUAGUUUAACAAAGAUUUGCCGUGAAAAUGGUGCUUUAGGUUCACGUUUAACUGGUGCUGGUUGGGGUGGUUGUGUUAUCUCAUUAGUUCCGAAUUCAAAAGUUGACUCUUUCUUGGACGCAAUUGAUACUCAUUAUUAUUCAAAAUUUGUAAAUCCUGAAAAAUUAAAAAAUAUUGAAAAAUCAUCUUAUUCUUUCUUUACAACUCCAUGUAAAGGUGCUUGUAUAGUUUCUUCAACUGUUUAA